AUGGUGGUCUUCCAAUCGACAGUAUACACAACCUUUUACAACUGUGACAAUCCGAAGUUUUAUCUCGAGACAUUUGCAGGAUCUGAACAUCCUUCACCAGCGUUUCUUGAAUGUCCUGCAGAUAGUGCAGCUGUCACUGUGAAGACGACCUUUUAUGUCACGAAAGGCACACUUCAAGAAGCGAUCUCGAUUACGCAGACUGCUAUAUUGGUAGUAAACGCGGAUCGGCGUCUGAAGUCCAUUUUUAAUUUGGCCAAGUAG